AUGGGUGAAUACAUCGAGCCCAGUGCCAUCCCUUGGGUUGGCGAUGAGGUCAAGAAGCCGCAUGAUGAAGGCUGGUUCGAAUGUAUGACCCCGCCAACGCUUCCGGAUAUAAGAAACGACGAGCUUUGCGCUCUAGCGUGGGUCCUCCUUCUCUUUCGGGGGACAGUGAACAGUGAGGAUGGAGGCUUCUCUUGGGCAAAAGAGGGCAGUGUCCAAGGAUGUCGCAUCUCCGAUGUGAUUGAGGGGGAAGGCAGCUCGCUGAGAUCUGCGUUGGAGGCAAUCCGAAGGCGGGGCAAAUUUGAUAGAGAUCUUUUGGACACACUAGUGUGUCGAAAUGCCUCCAUUGAGACUGAAUGUACGUUUGCGCUGGAAGCAAAGCUCUCGCAUGGUGUUUUGUAUAUUCGCGGGACACCUCGGGCCGCGACGGCCACGCAGCCCGUCAAAGCCGUCUUGCCUCACAUCCUCGCCGACAUCAUCCUUUCUAUCGCCAGAGACCUUGAUCAACCCAUCGCCGAGACCGUCCAGAUUGGACCGCGAGAGCUGUCGCAGUUAUGGAAGUGGAACGGGCCAAUGCCCCCCACUAUCGACCAGUGCAUCCAAGAUAUAAUCAGUGAAAAAGCUCAGAGUCAACUUGACCGUCCCGCGGUAAUGUCUUGGGAUGGAGAGAUGACAUAUAGACAGCUAGAAGAGCGCUCCACAAAGCUAGCUAGUCAUCUUGUUGACCUAGGAUUGCAAGUUGGCAAAGCUGCUCCCCUCUGCUUUGAGAAGUCCAUGUGGACAAUUGUCGGUGUCCUUGCAGUGAUGAAAGCUGGCGGAGCAUUGGUUUUAAUGGACCCUAGCCAGCCGGAGGGACGACUGAGCACCAUCGCCAGUGAGGUCGGGGCGGAAUUUAUCUUGACCUCGGAGCUGCAGGCGCAACUUGGUUCGCGUAUUGUCCCAGGCGGAAAGCAAGUCAUUGUUGGCCCGCUAGUCGACCAGGAAACUUUUAAAUCAGUUUCUGUGGAACUACCCGUGGUCUCAGCAUCGUCAACCCUUUACAUCCAGUUCACCUCCGGCAGUACUGGCAAGCCCAAGGGUGUGGUCAUCUCUCACUCCAACUACACUAGCGGCGCAGUACCUCGCGCAGCAGCCGUGGGAUACAAAGAACACUCACGAGUGCUUGACUUUCCCUCCUAUGCUUUCGACGUCAGUGUCGACUGUAUGUUGUGCACUCUAGCCAACGGAGGCUGCAUUUGUGUGCCCUCAGAAGACCAGCGAGUUAACGACCUCAGCGGCGCCAUUCGUAAACUGAGUGUGAACAUGGCGCACAUGACACCAUCAGUCGCGCGUGUCUUGGCUCCUGAUAUUAUGCCCUCGCUGGAGGUUAUAGGACUUGGUGGUGAGUCAAUAUCUGCUAGCGAUGCGGCCGAAUGGGGCCAGAAGACAAAGAUCGUGAUCGCAUAUGGCCCAUCAGAGUGCACUGUUGGCUGCACAAUCAACAAUGACAUCCCUCCUGGUCGAUCGUACACUAGCAUCGGACAAGGAGUCGGAGGUACGACAUGGGUCGUUGAUCCAUCCGAUCAUAACCGAUUGGCACCCAUCGGCGCUGUUGGGGAACUGCUUAUCGAAGGCCCUGUGGUUGGUGAUGGAUACCUCAAUAAUCCAGAAAAGACCGCCGAGGUUUUCAUCGAGGACCCAACAUGGUUGGUUGAGGGUGGGGGUAAUGUGCCAGGUCGCAAAGGCCGUCUCUACAAGACCGGCGACCUGGUAAGAUAUGAUCCUGAUGCCUCGGGCAGUGUUGUUUUCAUUGGCCGUGGGGACCAACAGGUGAAGUUGCGCGGUCAGCGCGUGGAACUGGGUGAAAUCGAGCACCACGUACGGAAUUAUUUCCCUGCUGGAGCAAGUGUCGCAGCAGAGGUGAUCUUCCCUGGUGGGAAGAAAUCCGAUGCCACACUAAUUGUUUUUGUGGCGGAGGAAAAGAGUGAAAAGACUGGCACAACCAGCGAUAUUGUCUCCUUUUCAAGUUCAUUCCAGAAGUUGGUCACUGGUAUUGACGAUGUUCUCACGACAAACCUGCCCCGGUAUAUGAUCCCAACCGCAUAUAUCCCUCUGAACCACAUGCCGCUUUUGGUAUCACUCAAGACAGACCGAAAGCAGCUACGUGCUCUCGGGAACGACUUGACAAGGCGACAGAUUGCAGAGUUUAGAUUGUCCACGGUUGUCAAAUUAGCACCCAGGACAGAGAUGGAGCGCAAGCUUCACGGCCUAUGGUUGAAGCUAUUUGGGGAUGAAGCAGAGAUCGGGGUCAAUGACCACUUCUUCAGCCUCGGGGGCGACUCGUUGAAAGCCAUGAGGUUGGUGGCUGCUGCGCGAGAACAGUCUCUUGCUGUUCAAGUGACUGAUAUCUUCCAAUCACCCAUUCUCGAGGACUUGACUCUAAAAGUGAAAGAGAUUGAGAACAAGUCUCCACUGGAUGUUCCCCCAUUUUCGCUUCUUCCAGCAGACUGGGAGGCCGACGCCGCACGAGUCGAAGUGGCUUCGCUGUGCAACUUGAAUCCCAACGAGGUGGACGAUGUGUACCCAUGUACACCUCUCCAAGAAGCCCUCAUGGCCCUCUCCGCGAAAUAUACAGAUGCCUAUGUUGCGCAAAGAGUCAUCGAGCUCCAGGACAUCCAAACGGCCAAGCGACUACAAUCUGCUUUUGAGAGUGUCUCGACAGACUCUGCAAUCUUGCGAACAAGGAUCGUCCAAGUGCCACGUCGGGGUUUGAUGCAAAUUGUUGUACGGACCGGCACCCCAUGGUUCAACAGUUCCAACUUGACGGAAUAUCUGAGUAGCGAUACCCUCAAAGGAAUGUCUCUCGGAACCGAACUUGCUCGUUUUGCUAUUGUGGAUGAUGAAAAGACCAGCAAAAUCUCUAUCGUGCUGAGCAUUCACCAUGCACUAUAUGAUGGCUGGUCAAUGCCAUUGGUUGUUGACCGAGUGAAUCGCGCCUAUCGCGGCGAGGAUAUCGGUAGCCCAGCACCGUUCAAGAACUUCAUCAGGUGGCUCAGUGACACUGAUCGAACCUCCACGGAGAAAUAUUGGGCAACUCAACUUGAGGGCGCUACAUCCCUACAGUUCCCUAUUAUCCCGUACACUGGGUAUCAAGCGCGCGCAGAUUCCCUUCUGGAACAUUACGUCAAGCUCCCCCGGGCUUCAUCAAGCUCCACAACGAGCAUCGCAACAGCUAUUCGAGCUGCUUGGGGUCUUUUAGCGGCGCAUUAUACAUCCUCAAAUGAUAUCGUGUUCGGAGAGACUAUGACCGGCCGCACAGCUCCCGUGGCAGCAGUGGAGGAGAUCGAGGGCCCAAUGAUCACGACUGUCCCAGUUCGGGUGUGCAUCGAUCGCAAGGCUCGGGCAUCAAGCUACCUUCAGCAAAUACAUGACCAAACGGUAGAUCGCAUUCCUCACGAACACAUGGGUCUGCAGCACAUUAGACGUCUGAACGCUGAUGCUCGCGAGGCGUGUGAAUUGCGCACAGGUAUUGUGAUUCACCCAACAGUCGAGGAAAGCGCGCCGUCUUCGAAAGAAGAACCAGCUACCGCAUUUGUUCCAACCAGCGAGGCAGAGGCUGCCCGUGAAGCGUUGAAAUUCAACUCAUACGCCCUUAUGCUUGUCUUCACUGUUGAUACAAAGGGAUUCCUUGUCAUGGCCAGCUUCGAUUCAAAGACCAUCGAUGUCCCGCAGAUGGAGCAGGCGCUCAAACAGUUUGACCGGCUGGUACAGCAGAUCCUCGAGGACCCGACCCAGCGGAUUCAGCACAUCUACGAUUCCACGAUUGAGGCAGAUCUUGCAGAACAGUCCCGUCUGGCGAAGAUUGGCCCGGCGAGCCUCCCUGCCGAGGAGCUUUACUCGUCUGUCACGUCUACUUGGAUCGUUGACCCAAAUGACCAUGAGUGUCUUGUACCACCUGGUGGAGCGGGUGAGCUGCUCGUUGAGAGUGAAAGAGAAUGUGGAGUGGCUUCUGGCAACCUAGUUGACAACCCAACCUGGUUCAAACAUCCAACGAAGUUGUACACGACAAACCAGCUAGCGAAAUAUACCAACGACGGCUCCAUUAUUCUUAUUCGCGCAAAGAACGCGCAGGUCGGUCAACUGAAACCCCGAAACAAAAGCCUUAAUAGUUCUCAAGCCAUGAUGACGGCCAAGCAGCAAAAGCUCCAACGGGUCUGGAGCCAAGUUUUGGACAUUCCCUGUGAGGAUAUCCUUCUCGACGAUAGCUUCUUCGAUUUGGGAGGUGACUCCAUUCGUGCUAUGAAGCUGGUCUCAGAGGCUCGUAUGGAUGGCCUUCAGCUAACUGUAACUACCAUUUUCGAUCAUCGGUCGCUGUUUGACAUGGCCGAACAUGCGAUAGAAGCUCAGCCAGAAGUCGUUACAUCCCAGAAUUACGCGCCAUUCAGUUCACUAGAUGUGACUGAUGUGGAUGCGUUCAUUGACAAGAUGGUCCCGUUGCUUGCUCAACCUGAGUGGAAGAUUGUGGAUGCUUAUCCAAGUCGCCCGCUCCAGGAAAUUGCAGUCCAAGGAACUGUCCAGCUGCCUCGGUAUUCCAUGCGAUACGAACUCUUCUACAUGGAUACCGUGGUGGAUUGCAAUCAACUCUUCCAAAGUUGCCAGGAACUUGUGUCUCGGAAUGAGAUCCUUCGAACUGUGUUCGUGGAGCAUGAAGGGGUCUCACUGGGAGUGGUCGUCGAUGACCUUCCCUGCCAGAUCAUUGAAUAUGAGAUUGAAAGUGACGUGGAAGCGUUCAGCCAGAAACUCUGCGAUGUGGAUGUUCAGUCACGCAUUCCCCUCGGGUCACCAUUUUUGAAAUUCUUCUUCGUCCGACAUGUUGACGGGCCCAGCAGCCUGAUUAUGCGCAUCUCUCAUGCCCAAUACGAUGAGAUCUGUCUCCCAAUCUUGUUGCAGCAGCUAUCGGCAUUAUACGAGGGCCGGCCGGUGCCGAAGAGUUUGCCAUUCUCGUCAUAUGUCAACCACGUGACUCGCACUAAUCUGCUAGUUAGCAUUCCGUACUGGCGUGAUCUCCUUCAAGGCUCGUCCUUGACACGGAUUCAGCCCGACAUCCCUGUGGUCUCUGCAGCUCAUUUUGCUAUCUCCAAGGAUGCCAAUAUAGCCGCGCGCCCACGGGAAAUCACAGUCGCAACCCUCCCUACAGCAGCCUGGGCGCUGUGCCUUGCCCGACGCCUAUCCCUUGAUGACGUCACUUUUGGCGAGGUGGUGAGCGGUCGCAACAUUGACCUACCUAAUGCUGAUGCGAUUGUUGGACCAUCGUGGCAAUAUGUACCAGUGCGGGUGAAGUUUGAAAAUGAAUGGAGUGCAAUGGAUCUUUUGCGGUUUGUCCAGCGACAACAUCUCGAGAGCGCGCAAUUCGAAGGAAUCGGUCUUAAGGAAAUUAUCAAACAAUGUACCGACUGGCCGGACACCGUCGACUGGUUCGAUUCGGUCGUGCACCAGGACGUGGAGCACGUUGAGGAUCUGUCUUUCAUGGCGGCCAGUAGUCGCAUGCAGACCGUCUACCCGCAUUUCGAGCCAUUGCGGGAGAUCAAGGUGCAGGCAUUCCCGAAAGGGGAUACCCUGUGCAUUGAAGUUGUCACUGUUGAGUCCUGGUCGGACUUUGCUGUGUCUUUAUUAGAUGAGAUAGUCGACACUGUUGAGCAGUUGGUAAAUCGGGUCGACUCCAGAAUCUUAUAG